UACGUUUCUGAAAGCUAUGGACGAUGGUGGCCUCAAACUCCUGAAACAAAUAUUAGAGAAAUUCUUCCAUAGGUACCUGCAGACUCUGCAUCUGCAGUCGUGCGACCUGCUUGACAUUUUUGGUGGAAUCAGCUUCUUCCCACUGGAUAAAAUGACUUACCUGAAAGUCCAGUCGUUUGUGAAUAGGGCGGAGGAAAGCCUGCGCAUAGUCAAAUACACUGCCUUUCUCUACAAUGAUCAGCUUAUCUGGAGGGCCUAGAGCAAGAGGACAUGAGAAUUUUGUACAAAUACCUCACCACCUCCCUGUUUCCGCGGCAUAUGUAGCCCAAGUUGGCGGGCAGGGACUCUCCCAUCAGGGCAGAGAUGCCCGGGCACCUCCAGCACUACGGGAGAUUCCUUACUGGACCCUUGAACCUGAAUGAUCCGGAAGCAAAAUGCAGAUUCCCUAAAAUUUUUGUAAAUACAGACGACACUUAUGAAGCGCUGCAUUUAAUCGUUUAAAAGGCCAUGAGUGCAGCCGUGUGCUUCAUGAUCGACGCCUCUGUCCAGCCCACACUGGAUUUCUGCCGGAGACUGGACAGCAUCGUGGGGCCACAGCUGACCGUGUUGGCAUCAGACAUCUGUGAGCAGUUCAACAUCAACAAAAGAAUAUCGGGGUCUGAGAAGGAGCCACAGUUUAAGUUCAUCUACUUCAACCACAUGAACCUGGUCGAGAAGAGCACGAUCCACAUGAGGAAGUCACCUAGCGUGUGCCUCACCUCUGUUCACCCUGACCUCAUGAAGAUCCUGGGCGACAUCAACAGCGACUUCACGAGGGUGGAUGAAGAUGAAGAAAUCAUCGUGAAAGCAAUGAGUGAUUAUUGGGUUGUUGGGAAAAAGUCCGAUCAGCGGGAGCUCUAUGUUAUUUUGAAUCAGAAAAAUGCAAACCUGAUUGAAGUAAAUGAGGAGGUCAAGAAGCUGUGUGCCACGCAGUUCAAUAACAUCUUCUUCCUGGACUGAUCACGCGCCGCCCGGCGAGCACAUGGGCGGCCUUGACAAGAGUACAGCAAUAGUUGCUUUGAAGAAUCAAAUUUCUACUCAGUCCGAUGAGCCCAAGGUUUUUAGAUUUUGAAUAUUUAUGUGGGUAAAGGUAGUUGGCUACAUCUCUUUCCAUUCCAUUCUUUUGACAUUAUGUGAAUAUUUUACUGGAAAAUAAGAGUAAUAAAUUGUUAAAGUUUUUAAAA